CGAUUCACGAAAUAUUAAUAUUAGUUAACAAAUUCUGAUUUGAUUUUUCGAAUAAGUAAUAUAUUCUAUCUUCAUUAGGCCUUCAAUGAAUUCCAAGUUUUAUAUUCAUAAAAAAUAUCCCCGUUCACGCAACAAAUGGAAAAAGUUCACAUUUAAGAAAACGUCUCUCGAACAGAAAAAUAUCGAUAUCGUAUCACGCAACAAUAAUAACAAGUGGAGAAAAAUAUUGAAAUGUCAAAAGUCUUGAAUUGUGGCAAUUACUGAAGGAUAAAAUUGCUGUGAAAAAUCUGGAAGGGUCAAAAAAUUGGGAGAUUCGCGUAUAAUUGUGAAAUUUUAUUGUGUCUGAAAACAGUAUUUUUCAAUGUUUUAUGGAACAGUCAUGUUGUUAUGAGGUGGAUAGAUUUUUGGAGGUUAAUUUUCAACUUGAUGUGUUUGUUGUGAAGAAAUUGUGAAAAAUGGAUAAAUUGACAGUAAUAUCUGGGACACUAUUUUUUGCGGCUGAUGUAUUUGCAGUUGCGAGUUUGUCGAUGCCAGAUUGGAUAAUUACUGAUGUUGGGGGCGAUACGAGACUGGGACUUAUGUGGUCAUGCAUGACUCUAUACAACAGGCCCCAAAUAUGUUACACACCUGAUUUGCAGCCAGAAUGGUUGAUAGCUCUAGCCUGCAUUUUUGUGGGAUGCAUUUUGAUAACAGUUACGAUAAUACUGCUGGCAUGCUCCCACUGGGAUAGACACGUUAUUCCUUACGCCAGAUGGGUUGGUUUCACAGCCAUGGUGCUUUUCUGCCUGGCAGCAGUGAUAUUCCCCAUGGGCUUCCACGUCGACGAAAUAGGGGGACAGCCAUAUCAACUCCCCAAUUCCCAUCAAGUUGGAAUUUCCUACAUAUUAUUCGUCCUUGCCCUGUGGAUAACCGUCAUAUCUGAAUUAUUUGCUGGGAAAGUGUGCUUACCUCAUUUCUAGCAGGACAUUAGGUGCCCAAAGUUCUUCUACAUAAUUGGCAUUCUUACUCCCUUCUGUGUCUUUUUGCUCUUGCAGAAAACAAUUCUACUUUACUACUUGGGUGGCUCCUCUGGGAAAAAUGAUUGGCGAGAGUCUGACAGUAGGGGCUCCUAUUAUUACUAUUAUGGGGGAAUAUUUGGAAAUAAUGUGCCUCGAUAAGGUCACACUAACUCUCAUGUCCACUGGAAUUCAGUGAGUAAUUUAUUACUUCGCUACUGAAUUUUUAAAUGACAGCACGAGAGCGAAAAACUUUUGAAUUUCCCACAAUUUUAUAAUGUAUUAUAUUUAGAGGGAAGUCGGGUAAAACAGUUGCUUUUUCAUUGUCCUAUAAUAUUCACAAUCCAGAGAUCAAUUAAUUGCAAGCCGAAGUAAAAGUGAGUGUAUAUCUUGUAUGAAUCAUUGGAUAUUUCUCCAGCCGAGUUCAGUAGCAAAAUGGUAACCCAAAAUUAUCCAUCUAGCUCAAUAGCAAUCAAUAGCAAUUUUACCAUUUUCGUAAAUUGCCAACUUAUGAAGUGGAAUUUGAAUGAAGAAUCUCUGGAAAAAAUUCUGAAUGCAUUACUGUAUUAAAAUUGUAUCAUACAUGUAAACAUUUGUAGUAUUAUUUGAAAAUUAUUGUAAGAUAAAAACAAUGUAUAACACUGUGGAUGUAUUGAUUGUGGAUCAAUUCCAAUUCGUACUCUUCCAUAUUAUAAUGUGAUACUGUACAUCUUUGAAGGAAAGGCACAAUUUCUUCAUUCUGUAGAAUUGAAUUAUCAGAAUACUAGAUAACCAUUUUGUUAUUUAUAAAAAGAGGCCGAUUUUAUAUAUGCUAUAAAAGCACGUUUUAUUAUUAAUACAAAGCACAUUCUUCUUCGGAAUGAUGACGUUCUGCUCGUCAGAUGGAAGAGCAGGCAUAAAUUUUAAGUGAAAAUUGUGGUUUAAAGUUAUAAAAUGAAGACGAUAUGAAAAAUUCAAGAAAUAAAUUGGAUUCACCAUUCCCUAAUAUCUA